CGCUUGGUGCUUCUCGUCCUGCACCACCGCCCUUCUCGAGCCUAUAUACUGUCGACGAUCAUUUCAAGCUUCCACCAGCUAUCUGUGAUCCUGCCUCUGAAGCUGGAGCAUCUUCUGCAACUGCAGCACCUGCCUACGCGCCUUCAGCAUCAGCGUCCGAAAGCCCUCUAGAGAGAUCGGGGUCCUUCGAAGAUACUGUCGCCGAGACUAAGCGAGCGCUCCCGCAGGACGUCAAGGGCGAGUCAUCAAACCAGAAAGGUGACGACAGCGAGCCACCUCCCGCAUACUCUGAAGGAUAUAGCCCACUACUCUCAUUCACCUAUCUAAUGGCGGCCGCCGGUGGUGCAUCGAGUAUUAUUACUCAAGUUCAGCAGGGAGGUCCUCCUAUCAAUGCUAUUGGAGAUGUCGGAGCCGAUGAAACGAUCACUAUGGACUUGCGCGGAACGCGCUUCGUUCUUUCAAGAGAUGAACUGCUGACACUACCUGAAUUCGUCCUUCUCUCCCUAUUCCCCAACGGACUCUUCCCCGAAGGUCACAUGGGCGGAUUUUCUGAGGGCGAUGCCGUCCAAGUUGAUUAUGACCCUGCAUCACUACAAUACAUGCUGGAUUUUUUCCGGAAUGUAGCUCAAUCUAUCCCCACCGAGUCUUCCCCCAAUGCUUCACCUGAUGGCGGUGCCGUCCCUAUUGACUCGCUUGGUGGUCGAGGCGAAGAUGGAAGUAAGAGAGCUGGUAUCAUUGUCCUAAGGGAGGACUUGGACUUCUAUGCUAUUCCUCCACGAGGGGAUAUCAGCCAGGCGGAAAUGAUUGAGGUUAAGAGAGCUGCUGCUCGAGCUUUACUUAAACAAGACGGUAUCUUUUCGGGAUUGAAACGAAGUGACGAGCCUGGCACGACCGAGGCGCAUUUGAUCGAGAUGCUUACGGCCGGCGGUUUCAAUCACGACGAUCGGUGGGGUCACCGUGCCGGCGAGCCUAACAAAGCUGUCGUAUGCAGCCUGGCCCUUGCCCGGUUACGAAGUGAUAUCCGUGGCAACGAUAUGGGAAGUAAUGGUGUCGGCAUGGCACAAAAGCUACUGCUCUUCUGGAGAAAGCCGGCACGACGUUGCUGGUGGGAAGGCGUGGACUUGAAAGAUGUGGAGGGUGUAGAUGGCCCUUUGAAGGUGUGGAUUCGAAGGGUGUGGACGUUGGAGAUGAGUGUGAUUGGGUUGCGUUGAAAAUGAGUUCUAUAUGACUUCUAGGCGAGCGACAUGGCAUUCGAGUUACAUUUUUCUCCUUCAGCAGCAUCUCGGAAGUCUUACCUCGACAGCACAUACGCAGGAAGACGAGGGUACACACGACAGCCCUACACGGAUGGACUGAUUUUUACCACUGGUGCACUGGUGUGCUAC